AUCCCACCCCAGGAGGGAGGGCCGGGCGUACGCGCGUGGUGGUUCCGCCCGGCGGCGGCCUGUGGGCGGAAGGACGGGAGCGGGCCGCGGCCUGAAGGGACGCAGCCCCGGCCCGGCCGCCGUCAGGAGCUAGCGCUGAGCGCGCCGUCUCCUUGAGCCACCCGCUGUCCCCGGGCACCAUGUCGGGCCUCCCGAGGAGCUACAACCCCUUCGCCGAGGAGGAAGAGGAGGAGGAGGCGGCGGUGUCGCCGUGGUCGGCGAGCGGCGGCGGCGGGGAGGCGGAGGGCGCCGCGCGGCAGCGGUACCUGCAGCAGGAGGUGCUGCGUCGCUCCGCCGCCACCGCCGACAGCACCACCCGCUCCCUCUCGUUGCUGUACGAGUCCGAGCGCAUCGGCGUGGCCGCCUCCGAGGAGCUUGUACGACAAGGGGAGGCACUGAAGCGCACAGAGCAGAUGGUAGAUAAAAUGGACCAGGACUUGAAGACUAGUCAAAGGCACAUAAAUAGCAUUAAGAGUGUUUGGGGGGGCUUGGUGAACUACUUCAAAGCCAAACCUCCGGAGAGCAAGCCGGAGCAGAAUGGAAUGCCUGAAUAUUAUGCUAACAGUAGGUUAAAAGAAGCCAUGAUGUCUAGUAAAGAGCAAGAGUCAAAAUACCAGGAAAGUCAUCCAAAUUUAAGGAAGCUAGAUAUAGACAAUGAUUUCAGCAAAGCAGAUUUAGUUUCCUCAGCACCAAGGGAUUCCUAUCCAAAGAACCAACACCUGCGAGCUUACCACCAGAAAAUUGAUAACAACUUAGAUGAGAUGUCUUCUGGGUUGAGUCGUCUGAAAAACCUAGCUCUUGGGCUGCAGACAGAAAUAGAUGAGCAAGAUGAUAUGCUGGAUCGGCUAACAAAAAAAGUAGAGACACUGGAUGUCAAUAUUAAAAGCACUGAUAAGAAAGUCCGACAACUUUAAAGGAUUUUAAAUUUUUUUUUUUUCUUGUCCAGCAUCAGUUCUUGGAUGUCCCAUCUCAACCCAUCACUUACAAAAUCUUGGACAGUAUCUGUUUUUCUUUUUUUCUGUUAUUGAUUUCGUUGUCAUUAAAAUUGCGUAAUCUUAAGUGCAGCAUAAUACCUUAAAUUUCUUCUUAAUGUACAUGGGAAGUGCAUGUUGAGUAAAAUCAGCAGUUGGGUCAAUGCUUUUGUGCUGGGUACCCCGUGCAAUUGUGUAACCGUGCGUCAUGUGCGUGGAGGAAUUUGCAAUCUACAAAGCUGCAGUGUCCUCGGCCUGGGAGCCGUGAUGAGCAAAGUAGCUGCAUUUUGCCUUUGUUUUGGGGAGGGGACAGGGGGAACAGAAUGUGCUGCUUUGUUCAGAACAAACGUUGCUAAUUCUGUUUACCUACAGCUAUGUUAAAUUCUGACAAAUGCCAAUUUCCAACUGUAAAGAUAAUUUGAAGUAACUGUUCUCUGGCUUUCUGGGGCUUAAGGAACGAACUGUUCUGUGGAAGUCGUAAAAUACCAAGGGUGUCAUGCAGUGAUGAUAAUAUCCUGUGCGUGUUCCCUUUCCUGAGAUGACUUUUACCAAAUGGUGGCUCCACAAACUAUGGCUUUACGUUUGGGUCACUAAAUGCCAUCACCUUUACAGUGCUUUCAGCAAGUUCUCUAAGGGUAUCUUGUGGUCUGCAAGGAAUAUUGACUGACAGUGACUCAAAGUUUGAGUAACCAAAUCAGAACUUAAAUGUUCUGUGUAUGUGCUCUUAAAAAUUCUUUUGUAGAAAUUGUCACUAUUUGCUUUUUUAUUUUCUGCUCUUUCUAGGUUUAUUCAGUUAGGUGGUUAUUUGAAAAAUAGCUUCCAUUUGAGAAAUGGAGAGCUGGUCUGAUACUGCACAUACAGGUCAUAGGAGAUUGUUAUUUGAGUUCACAUUUAUUACAAAUGUGAUUAUGGAUUGAGCAGAUGCUGCACUUUCCUAAGUAAUGUGACUGUUUUGGAGGAACUCAGCUAUGGUUCCCACACUUCUGUGUUAGCUUAGCAGGCAUGAAAAGUUCCUGCAAAUGAAGAAAAAUGCAAACAUUUCGAGUCUUCCAGAUAGAAGUUUGGCCUUGCACUUUUUUUUUAUUCCUUUAUAAGUAUCACUGUAGAACAAAAUAAUUACAAUUCCAUUCCAGCCUGAAGACAUGACAAUGAGAACUUGCUGUCUGUCUGGAAAACAAGGAAGUUAUUUUGGUUUGGAGAGGCCAAGGGACCUAUAUCAGUAUUGCAGCACUUGCUAUCAAAUGACAGAGUGUGGCUAAGGAGACAUAGUUACUUUAUUGAGUUGGUGCCAUGUUAUCUUACGAAUUAAAAGAAGACCUUGGUGUU